CCUGGAAAGAUGGGACUAGAUCAUAAGAAACCAGGACCAGGAAUAGGACAUUCAGCUUAUUUAACAUGACAGCAAAGGGAGGUGCCUUAUUUUUAAACUGUGCCCUCUAGUUCCAGAAUGCCCAGUAAGGGGAAAUAUUCAUUCAAAAAAAUAUUCAACACCUACCCUCUCAAUCUCCCUCAGAAUCUCAUGUUUCAGUAAGAUUUCCUCAGGACCUUGUAUGUUCCAAUAAGAAUUGUACAACAAAAAGGCAACACGGCCAAGCUUAUCUGAGGAGAUGGUUGGUGGCAACAGAUUUGGAGGAGAGUGAGAUGAUAGCUGAAAUGUGAAUAGAUUGAAAUUUGAAUUCUUUGUGAAGAAGUCCCAGUGUUCCGGGUUUCGAUGAGUUUAGCAAACUAAACUAUGGACCUCCCGACACUGAAGCCUCCUGCUACCAGCCAGAAUUGGAAGACCACCCUCCCUCUAAAAGAGGAUGUUCUUCCCCAGUGCAAGUACAGGCAACAGUUGCACAGGCAAUACAUUAAAAAUGCAUCGUUGAACUUGAAAUUCUCCCAGGAUGUAGUUAACUCCAUGCUGUUUUACCGUGUCCCUUUCAAGGAAACAGAUGGCAGAAACUUGUUCAAUCUCUUUGAGGUUGUCCCACCCCAAGAGGUGAAAGAUCACCCUCCCCGCAGGCCUGGCCGUUUGAAGCGAAUUUCACACCACCCUAAGACUCUACGCCAGGUGCCCAAGAAGGAGGCGGAAGGUCAGUGGGCUGCAUGGACCACAGACUGCCCUGAUCGGAGAUCAGCACCCAGCCAUCUGCACAAGGACGCCAUCUCUGCUGAAGUGAUCCGCGUGCCAGAGAGCAGCAGUCUUGUGGCAGGAGCAUUGCAGGCUCCAUCAGUGAAGCAAUGGGGAGACAUUCCCGAGAGAGGGUCAAAAGAUUGUGUUAGCAAACUGAAUGAGCCUUGGGAUGAGUGCCUGGUGAAGAAAAUGAGCAAGAGGACAGCACAGUGGCUGGUGACCAAGCAGAUGCCCAGGGGCCCUUCUCGCGCCAGGCUCAGCAAACUUCUGCAGGACCGUUACGGCUCUGCCUACACCCAUGCCCUGGUAGAGGAUGAGACCAUGACUGCCAGUGAUUUCCACCUGUACGACCAAAUCAAGGCUGAAGAACCCGUUGUGAGUGUAGUUAGGAAAGAGACCAAGACUCCACUGACUACAUACUACAGGGUUCCUGGGUUUCACCUGAAUGAGGGCAUGGAGGAACCUGGAUCCAUAAAUCAAACUGCAGUCAACCUGAAAGUGAAGCACUUUGAGCCUCCAACAAAACCCAAGACCAUUCUGAGCUCAAAGCUUGGGAAACACGUCUAUUAUACUGAGAAUAUAUUUGAGCAAGAUCUAUACACUGGGUCAUCCAGCGUGGUUUACCACCGUGGUGAGAAAUACAAGGAGAGGAUCAUCAUGGACAACCUUUCUGAGUAUCAGAAAAACCUCCAAGAGCGCUUUCCCCAGCCCCCAGAAGAGUGGCUGGAAGACAAAGGAGACAAAGACAAACAGCAGGCACCUCCAGAAUCCAAGAGGGUGUCGAAAGGCUUGAGGCGGUGGACAGGCCUGCCUACCCUCACUGAUUACACCAUGGAGCAAGGACUGAGACUGCCAGACUAUGAUCUGGUGGAAAAAAAAGUGAAGAAAUCCUUUAAAAUGCAAGAGGACCUGCAAGUAAUGCGCAACAUGGUCACGGGAUGGAUCAAAGCUUGGCGCAUCUAUUCGCAUUGGCAGGAUGUCACUAUAGAAGAACUGAAGAGAGACCUCAAAGCAAUACAUAGAAAUGUCCAGCUCAGUGCCCUUGCAACUUGUGCAUCAGGAGCCAUUGAGCGUCCAAAACUGGAAGAAGACAAAGAUGGUAUCAAUCUUCACUUGAGGGAUGCGAGUGAAGUUCAAGCUGUGCCCGAGUCUCUCCAACCACUGAUUAGUGAGGCCCUGAACAGCAAUAACAAGCAUGUGCAAUUGGCAGCAGCGAUCUGCCACGUCACAAUGGAGAAAGUGAAUGAAAGAGUUACAGAGAUCCUACGUGACAAUCUCCUUCAUGGAAAUUCUGCUGAUCGUUGGAUUGCAGCUCAAAGCCUGGCUCUCAAUGGUGACGACAGCUAUCCUGUAGUCAGCAAAAUUAUCCAGCAUCUCUUCGAUAAACCAGAACCAGAGAUUAUGAAGCAAGUCUGUCUGAUCCUGGGCCCACUCAGUGAGAGGACAACUCUGGCACAUUUCAUACUGGCGAAGCAUCUGAACAGCCGCAAUUGGCAAGAGAAGGUGCUAGCAUGCAACGUCUUCUCCUGUCUGCGUGGUUCACUUAACAAGGAUUUAACGCGCAAGAUUGUGCACUUGAUGUGGAAUGACUGGAACAGCAAUGUCCGACAGGCAGCAACACACUCAUUGGGAGCCUUGGGACUGGGGAAGGAAGCCCAUGAUAAGCUCAGGGAGAGAUUGGAGAAGGGGGAUUGCAGGAGCCGAAUCGAGGCCUUGUCUUGUAUUGGUCAGCUCGGAGUGAUGACUGGAAAACUGAUGCCAGGCUUCCUUUCCUGUUUCACUGAUGAUUCUGUGGGUGUGAGGCGAGAGGCGUGCCUGACAGCUGGUUUUCUGAAGAUAGAAGAUGACCAGGUCCUUCAACAUCUGGUGCGACUGAUGCAGUCUGAUCACAUCUGGAAAAUCAAGGCAUAUGCAAUCAAGGCUUUAGGAGCCAUUGGUCAUGUGACUGAGCAGCUGAAGGAUUUGCUUCUCUGGGCACUCCAUUACGAGCAAGAGCCUGGCAUCCGAAUGGAAGCCUGUAACAGUAUUGUGUCCCUGAACCUGAACGAUGCUAAUGUGCAGAAUAUUUUAAGAGAGCAGCUUCUGGUCGAGUCUGACCCACUUGUCCGCGAAGAUGUGAGCUUAGCGCUGCAGAGUCUAGGGGGGAGCAGCGAAGUCAAUGAAGGGAUGCUGCCAAAAAUCAAACAACAGAUCAAGACGCUGUGUCAGAAAGAUGUUGUCAUUUGGAAGCUGCUAAGGGUGGAGAUGGUGAAGUUGAAUAUUGCCCAGCAGAUUGAGAGGAUCGAUCUCAAGAAACAACCGGAGCAUCUGACAGCCCUGCGUGAACAGAUUGAGCAUCUGAACAAGAGCGUGAUUGCUCCCCGUCUCCCUUCGAUGGAGAUCAACUCUGAAGAUGACGUUAAGGAAUGUGAGGCUGAAAUUCAGUCAAUUCUGGACAGCUCUAGUCCAGCAGCUUUGCAGCUGAAAAAGGAAAAUCACUUGGUCGAGUGCCAGCUGAAUGGGGAGUGGCAAACACUCAGUGAGGAUGAACUGCACUAUUCCAAAGCGCUGAGGAAGGGCAAGUUAUAGCAGCCUGUCAGCCAUAUAAUGUACAACAGCCAAUUAGAAAAGGAAUUAAAGCACAGAAGAGAUGGAGACAGAAAGUUAAGUUUAAUAAAUAAGCCAGAAGUAACAGAUGGAAAUAAUCAGAGUGAGUGUGUUUCUGAACACAGCACUGAACUCUUCCUAUAGUGUAUGGGAAUACUUCAUUUUUAUAUACAGAGCCAUCAAAUCUUUGCAAAGUUUAAUUGAGCAUGCUCUCUGUCAAGUGGAUCAAUAACCAGGAUUAAUCACGUAAAAUAAUUAGCAAGCCAGUUAGGACACCAGCUUGGUGUUGUGAAGGCUGAUGGAAUCAGAUUGCAGAGGCAAAAGUUGGUGAGUGGUACUAAGACGGACAGCUGCAUGAGCUAGCACUUGCUUGUUGGACUGAAUAGUCUUUUACACUUUAACACUGGAAUUUCUGUUCUAUCAACCAACAGAUGUCUUCUGUUCCGUGGAACUCUGUCUAUAAACAAUCUUCUCUUCAUCUAAUGGAACAAUUACUACCUGUUGUUUUUAAUUAGACAUUCAGUGAUACAGAACUUGAGUAUUAUUUAAAAAACAACACAUUUGUCCAAGUUUUGCUUUUUACACUCUUCAGGACAAUUUACAAGAAUACUAAUUUGAGGGGAAAAAACCCACAUUUUAUAUUGGAUGAGAGGAUAGUGAUUUGUUGGCAGGCACAGUGGUGUUGCCAUGGAGAAUACACCCAUUAAUGCUGAUUGACAGCAGCUUGGUUUUGUCGAAUUCAAACAGGUGCAGUAUGUAUACACAUUCUUUCUGUUUGUAAAGCACAGUGCCCAGUGUAUAAAUAUGUAGCUUCCAGUAUAAAUCCAACUGCUAAAAUCAGCUCAAAAAUUCUUUGCAUAAAGAUUAGAUAAUUUUGAAUCUGCAAAGUGUCCCAAACUGUUAAUUACUUGGUGCAGAAACAAUAGCUUAACUGUGACAACAGGUUUCGGGUAAUGGUUUCUCCGCCUAAAAAGUGUCAAGUUACUUAAAACAUUUGUCUUAUGCCAAUUUAAAAACUGUAACAUCAAGAAAUUAUUGUAUUCUGGCUUUCAGUUUAAUGGCUGAUAAUUAUUUGGCACACUGAUGAAAUUAAUUUUAACAUUGCUAUGGGCAAGUCCAAGCACCUCACUCAAGGACAGAAGGUGAUGUUACUGUCUGAGUGGAUCAUCUAACAAAGGGACGGGCAAGAAUGAAAGCAUGUCCUCAAAUCCAAUCUCAAGGAGCUUUUGACAAAAUAAAAUGACCCCAUUACCUCAGUUUUGAUGUUUGCACUACUGUGCCAUGCUUCUUUUGAGGAAGGGGGAAAUCUUAAUGGCCUUAUUUCAACUAGAAAAGAGCAAACUCCUAGGUUCAAACCCUUCAACUAGCAAAAGGUUUGGCGUUCAGUCUGUUUCAUUGAGUCACAGACAUGAUUUAUGUUAGAUGAAUUACAGAAUAGUGGGGGAACGUGUGCCUAAGAUAUAUGGGCAAAAAUUAGUUUAGGUUUCCGGAUUUGUGUUCUUUCCUUCUAUCAGAAUGUUGGGCCUGGUAUCCCAGCAAAAUGUGGUCAGUAAAUCAGAGGCCCUUCCUCCAGCCUUGGUCACAAAUGCAUGGGAGAGAUAGUAGAAGACUUGCUAUUUGGUUGUCAUACAUUAAUCUCUGUGACUUUACAAGGGGGUGGUCAGUGUUUCUAAUCUGAGAGUAAAUCACCAAACAAUGGUUUCCCACCAGAUUUUUUAAAAAAAUCUGCUAAUAAAGUAGCAAACUAUAAUUAAUGGAAUUUAGAAGCGAGGUGGAGUCUAGGCCAAUUUUAAUCAUAGAAAAUAGGCUGAGUAGAGCAAUGUUCUUCACUGGAGCAAAUGGAAUGCACUGCCUGAGAGGCUGGAGCAGGCACAUUCAAUUGCAACAAUCGAAAGGAAAUUAGACUAUUAUCUGAAAAUGAAGAAUGUACAACAUUCCAGCAGUAUGACAAAAUAAAUUGCUCAUUUGAGAGCCAGUGUAGGCAACAGCCUUAAACAGUUCUGUGAUCUGCGUAGUGUUUGUGAAUAACGUGUACUGUACAGGAGUAUCUGCAGUAGCUCAUGUAUCAAUGCAGAAUAACCCCACAUACCUGUUUUCCUAUGAAAUACAGUCUAGGGCAGUUGAAUGGGCUAGGUUAAGUGCAUCUGAUAAGCUAGUCUGGUCCAUUUUGUACAAGGGGUAAGUCAGAAAUGGAAUUGAAAUGAACAUAAUUCAUUACACAACAUAUCAGGUUCAGAAAUACAUUGAGUCACAUUUAUUCAGAUUCUUGAAAUAGUUUCCAAUCAGUGUAAAAUCAUUUAUUGUAAACAUUCAUUCCGAUCACACUGACAGUUCACAGCUUCACCCAUGACGCAGUCUCACAAUCAUUUACAAUAUGGUCUACAUAAUACGUAGCGUCAUGGCCACUUGCGACACAGCCUUAAGGGGCCAUAUACAAUACACAAAGUCAUGGCCACAUUACAUGUAGCUGCAGAAAGCAGGUACAAAACGCAGCCUCUCUGCUCUCACGACACACGGGACAAGUACUCAGCAUUGGUGCCAUGUAUUACCCACACGGUGUGAAAAGGGUACACAAUUCACAGCCUCAUAGCACAGUUUCAUUGAGCUAAUCCAUCUUUCAAAGAAUCUUUUCUUGAUACCUCAUCCAACUAUUGAGCUUGGUACAUUUUAAGCUUAAAAUCUUGAAGGAAAAAAAAGCCUUACUUUUAAAAAAAUCCAACGAAACGGUCAUGGUCAGGUUGCAAUGUUGCUCAAGGCCUGACUGUGACCCCACACUCAAUCAAACUAUAAUGUCAUCGAACCAAAGAAUAAAUAAAACCACAGUGAUAUGUAGCAGGCAUCACACAGUAUUAACCAAAAAAAACCCCCCAUCAGAACGUGUCUCUACUCCAGCCACGGUUUUCACUAUCAGAACUGGACUGGAAUCGAGACUUGCCCUCAGAAUAUGGCCUGAGCAUCAACAUCAACAUCCAUUCACAAUAUCCUCCAUUUCACAAUCCUUAUCACGUACAAUACACACUCACAAAUUCCACCCCAGAUAUUUUCUUAAAAAAAAACUUAGUCCUGUUUGAGAAAGCACAUUUUCAUCUGAAUGUAAUUCUCUAUCAAGGCAUAAAAUUAAUAAACAAUAAGAAAUAAAUGGUAUGCAAAUUGACAGACUAGUUUCUGGCUGUAGGAAUCAGUAAGGAUUCCACAGGGCAGCUCUUGAACUGUGGGAAACUGCCACACAAAUGUAUAUUUGAGUUACAAAAUCCACAGUAUUACACUCUGACACAUGCACUCACGCAGACCCAGACUCUCAAAUACACACACAAACCAAAUCAUGCACACAGAUUGAGACGCACCUGCAUGCAGUCCAAGACAUAUGCACACAAACACAGUGUGCACAAGCUUGCGCAGCAGUCACUGUUGAUCGGUAUUCCCACUACUUCACUCGUUUCAUUUAAUGUUCCAUUCUGUCGACUUUCGCCCUUCAGGCAACACAGCCUGUGUUGCAGGGCAUACAGAUCUGUGACACCUGCAGCUGGUCGGUUUAGUCCAGAUGUGAAGCCAUCGAGACUCCUCCAUGAUCUGCAGCAAGUUUUAGAGACUAUCACUGCGGAAUGAUGGAAAUGUACUGUGUAAAGACAAUUCUUUUUUACAAAAUCUUCUAAAUUGCUUCCCAAUUUGGGAGGUCAAAUAUCUUCUCAUGGGUCCAACUGGCUGUUCUCUUCAGCAUGUUCACAAAGGUGCUUGGGAACAUCCUGCAAAAAUCAAUUGAAAAGGUUUCAGAAUACCAUGGGCAGACAGACAAGGAGUGAAGGCCUUGUUCCACACCCACACUGUCCUGACAGGUGAGACUGCAAACUCCAGCUCGGACAGGUAACCCGUACAUUUGAACAAACCCCUCAGUUAGGUUCCAGUCUGUAACUCACUCACAAGAAUCUUAUUUAUUUAUCUAUCCAAGACACACUCUUCAAAACUCUUGAUUAGAUUCAAGCCUGGUCUGAGUAUCUGAUAUCGUACACAGUAUGUUGCAGACUGUAACUCACCCAACCACACAAACCUGCAAUGAGAUUCAUGCCUUUAGUUCACUUCCAUUAUUUUUACCACACUACAUAAAAACUCAUUAUAAACCCCUGAUUAGAUGACAGCCUGUAACUCACUCCUAAGUGAUUGUCAAAUAAACUGGGCUGGUGCUGAUUAGAUUCUCACUUAUAAUUUUGCCUCAGGUACAGAGUGCUGAUUGGAUUGGCCUUGACUAGUAAUUUUUAAUGUGACCUUGUUCUUUCCUAGCCCCUGGACUUUCCUCACCUGUUUGGACCCAUUUUUCACAGAGAAGAAACCAUCACAGUUGCGCCAGCGACACUUCAGGGUCUGGAAGGAGGGAUUGUGGUGAUCAGA